AUGAACCAUGUGGAAAAACACAAUCAUACUGCAGCAACCAAAGUGACUGAAUUUAUUCUCAUGGGUAUCACUGACCACCCUGGACUGAAGGCACCGCUCUUUGCAAUCUUUCUUGUCAUAUACUUGGUCACAGUGAUAGGCAAUCUAGGCAUGAUUUUCCUGACUCAUUUGGAUUCCAAGCUACACACACCCAUGUACUUUUUCCUUAGACAUUUGUCCAUUACUGAUCUUGGAUAUUCCACUGUCAUUGGCCCAAAAAUGAUGGUAAACUUUGUGGUGAGCAAAAAUACUAUUUCCUAUAAUUGGUGUGCUACUCAGCUGGCAACUUUUGAGAUUUUUAUUAUCAGUGAGCUGUUUAUUCUAUCAGCAAUGGCUUAUGAUCGCUAUGUGGCCAUCUGCAAACCUCUUCUCUAUGUAGUGAUCAUGGCAGAGAAAGUGUGCUGGGUACUGGUGAUUAUUCCAUAUCUCUAUAGCACUUUUGUGUCCCUAUUUCUCACAAUUAAGUUAUUUACAUUAUCCUUCUGUGACUCUAACAUCAUCAGUUGUUUUUAUUGUGAUUGUGUGUCUCUAAUAUCCAUACUCUGUUCUGACACACAUGAAUUAGAACUGAUCAUUUUGAUUUUUUCAGGCUGUAAUUUGCUCUCUUCCCUGUUAAUUGUUCUUGUAUCCUACAUGUUUAUUCUUGUGGCUAUCCUCAGAAUGAACUCAGCUGAGGGGAGGUACAAAGCCUUUUCUACCUGUGGCUCCCAUCUGACUGUGGUGCUUGUGUUCUAUGGGACACUGUUGUUCAUUUACCUGCAACCCAAAUCCAGCCAUACCUUUGAUACUGAUAAAAUGGCCUCUGUGUUUUACACCCUGGUUAUCCCAAUGCUGAAUCCAUUGAUCUACAGCCUAAGGAACAAAGAUGUAAAAGAUGCUUUAAAAAGAAUCUUAACUAAUCAAAGAAAAAUGCCCACUUAA